ACAGUUUGACACCUUCCUUCUCUGCAAAGCCUCUGAUUAUCAGCCGUCUCUCGACGAGUUUGGCCAUGGCGAGCAGUGGCAGCCGGGAGACUUUAGAGUCGUGGCUCAACAAGGCCACCGACCCUAAUAAUGAGGGGGACAGAUGGGACUGUAUUCAGGGCUUCUACCAGCUCGUCAAUGAAGAGACAAAUGGACCACAGGUUGCUACUCGUCUGCUUGCUCAUAAAAUCCAGUCCCCACAGGAGAAAGAAGCUCUUCAGGCUCUCACUGUUCUUGAGGCGUGCAUGAACAAUUGUGGGAAGAGAUUUCACACUGAAGCUGCUAAGUUUCGCUUUCUCAAUGAGCUGAUUAAAAUACUUACACCAAAGUACUUUGGUGCAUGGACUCCACAGCAAGUUAAAGACAGAGUGACGGAGGUCCUCUAUGGAUGGACACUCUGGCUUAAAGAAGAACCCAAAAUACAGCAGGCGUAUAGCAUGCUCAAGAAACAGGGCAUUGUGAAGGGGGAUCCCAAACUGUCAGACACACUUGUUAUGCCUCCACCCCCACAAAGAACUACAGAGUCUAUUUUUGACCAAGAAGACAAGGCAAAGCUGUUAACAAGGUUGUUGAAAAGUGGCCAUCCUAAAGACCUGGAAACUGCCAACAGACUCAUUAAAAACACAAUCAAAGAGGAGCAGGAGAAGGCUGAAAAGGCAUCAAAACGAGAGUCAACCCUGAAGGAAGUGGAGAGCUGCACCAAGCAGCUUAGAGAACUACUGGACCAGCAUGUAGUUAAUGGAGCCACAUUUCAGCCCAGCAAUGAUGUGAAGGCCCUUUAUGAGCGCUGCGACCGGCUGAGGCCCAAUCUCUUCCGCCUGGCAAGCGAUACGAUGGAUGACGAUGAGGCUCUAACACAGAUUCUGGCUGCAAAUGAUGAGCUAACACUCACAGUGAAUGCCUACAAAGACCUGGUGGGGAGAGGAAGCGUUAACGGAAGACGAGUGAGAAAUAAAAGUGAAGAAGACUCAAGUAGAAGUAUUUCUCCAACAAGCCCAACAGCCACAAAGAGCUACCACCUCAUUGAUCUGUCUGCUCUGGAUUCUCCAAAGCCUCACAGAAAAGCUGAUUUACAGCCUGAAUUUGAAUCUUCUCUCUUUUUCUCUUCUGUGGAGAACACUUUCUUCACAGGCGCUGAUGAAGACUUGAGUGAAAUGGAUUUUGAUAAGUUGGGCACAAAGCAGAGUCAAGAUGGUCCGAAAUCCUAUUAUACUGAACUGAUGCAACUAAAUGAAGACAUUCAAAUGAGGAAUUCUGAGCAGAAUGGAGGGAAGGGACCCACACUCAGAGCUCGUGGAUGUGGAGGAACCAGUGCUGCCUCAAAUGGGACAAAUAUUAGGUCACUACCUCACACUCAGUCAACAUCACAGAAACUACUGAGUGACAGCUCUGCAUCUCCUUGGAAACGGGAGGAAAGCUGUUGUGCCCCAAAAUCACUGAACCAUAUCUUUGUACCACUGGAAACAAUCAAAUCUAGUCCGCUGGAACCAGUCAUUUUAUACAACCAAGGAGGAAUCCACGUGUCUCUUCAUUUUGCUAGUAACUGCCCACCUGCUAACCCUGGUGUGGCUGUUGUCGUCAUGUCUGCAGUCAACACAUCGGCUCUCCCCGUCAAAGAUUUUAGCUUUCAAGUAGCUGUUCCAAAGAGUAUGUCAGUCAAACUUCAGCCGGCCUCUGGGACACACCUUCUUCCUUUCAACCCUCUCCAUCCUCCAUCCUCAGUCUCUCAAGUCCUGCUAUUAGCAAAUCCUCAGAGUUGCAAGGUGCGCUUGCGUUACAAGUUAACACUGACUCAUGGGGACAAACACCUAAACGAGGCUGCAGAGAUUGACAGCUUUCCUGACUGGAACUCUCUGAUUGGCUGUUGAAAGUUCAAAGUUCAAAGCUCUGUUUUGACAUGUAUCUGACAUUUAUGGCACGGUAAUGUUCACCCAGAGGAAAGCACUAUAGGGGUGGAAAAUUCUUUCUUUGAAUGUAGCACAUCUUCUCAAAGUAAAACCAAAGAACGCCUUUUAAAAUGACAUUUUCCAGUGAAAAUUGAAAAUAUAAACUUCUUCAGACAGAAUAUUGUUGGUUCUGAUGGUUGAUCUGCAAAAAUGAAGGUAAUAUUUUUCGGUUUCUCAUUUUUGGGAAGCAGAAUUAUUAUGUGUCUGUUCAGUGCUUAAAGCUUUUAUUUAGUUUGGUCAAAAAAAAACUGGCAGCAUUCAGAAAUGCUGAAGAACAGGGGAGACUGAAAAAGCUUUACUCGUGUAGGAGGGACUGAAUCUGCUGAUUGGUGUGAUAUUUACUAUUGUGCUGAAAUUGAGUCAAAAUGGGAUUUUGGGUAGCCAUUUGGAAAGCCAACUCAGUUGAAUCUUAAAACUUAUUUGGAGGUGUAGUCAAUCUGCAAAGAAUUUGGAGUCUCUGAAUAAUAAACAUAAAAUAUAGCUACAUUGACAUCACCUUUUUUUUUACCUAAAUGUCUAUUUUGCUCUUCUCAAUGAUGAUAGUUACAGUUUUACAGUUUUUUUUUUUACUUAUGUGUCUUUAAUUUAGGAGAUUUUAUGCUUUUAAAGGCCAUAACUUUUACAAGUGAUGUUUCCUCAAGGAUUGAAAGUUACUUUUUUUGUUGUUAUUUACUUGAAAGUGUGAUUUAGCACCAAUCUUUACACUUUGUUUAUUGUAAAAGCAUUUGAAUAAGGUUUUCUGCUAAAGCCACAAAGAACUGCUGUACAUCAUAGUUGGAAGCUGUCUUUUUGUGUUAACAUUGAUGGCUUUUUUGCCAUCAAUUUUUUUUUUUUUUAGAAGUUUUUCUUUUUUUGGAUGGUUUUAAACUUGCCUUAUUGGGUAUUUUGUUUUCUGCUUUUAACUUAAAUGGCCACAACAGUGUUUCUUAAUCAGCAGUGUUAUGCUUCUAUCUGAAGCUCAAAGCUGCUAUUAUGAGCCCAAAUCAACAAAUGAAUUGUGAAAUGUGCUUAUUAUGCAGUUCUGCCUAGUCUUUGUUUGUUGUUGCCGUUUUGUAUGCUUUCAUUUUUUUGUUGCUUAAUGUUACUGUCAUUUGGUUUCAAUACCAGUCUGUGAAACGGCAACCAUAAUACUACCAUUUUUCCCCUGUGCCUUAUUUCAUAAAUAAAUACACAAUUUUUUAUACAA